UGCCAGUGCGCGCGCGUGUGUUACUGAACCUUGCUUAUCCUGCAUUACUACACACACACACACACACACACACACACACUGUGUGCACGCUAUGUAUUGACUGUGUCUGGUUGCAGGCCAUUAGCUGUUUGAAAUCUGAAGACGGGAGACAUUUUGUAGCAGUGAGGAGAAUCUGGAGGAGUGAAUCCCUCAGCACGGGGUCAUGGCCUUCCUGGGAAGCGCGGUGCGCAGGGCGGUGGCAUAUCGCCGGCCUUUAGGGUCACUUUACAGUCCUGUCGCUCGCUCCUAUAGCGUCCAAAGUGAGCACACUACGGAGAAAAGAGUCCCCUAUGCCAAGACCCUGAAACAGGAGGACGGACUGAGGGGACCCACCAAGCCCCUCCCCCGAUCGGCGGACGCCGUGGUGAUCGGAGGCGGGAGUCUGGGAUGUCAGACGCUCUAUCACCUGUGUAAGAUGGGCAUGACCAACGUGGUUCUGCUGGAGAGGGACCGACUCACAGCGGGGACGACGUGGCACACUGCAGGUUUAUUGUGGCAGUUGAGGCCGAGCGAUACUGAGGUGGAACUUCUGGCCCACACGAGGAACGUGGUGAGCUCGGAGCUGGAGGAGGAGACGGGUCUAGAGACGGGCUGGAUCGAGAACGGAGGCCUGUUUAUCGCCUCCAACAAGCAGAGACUGGACGAGUACAAACGCCUCAUGUCGUUGGGGAAGGUGUACGGUAUCGAGUCGUACGUGCUCUCGCCUGCAGAGACCAAAGAGCUCUACCCCCUGAUGAACGUGAAGGAUCUGUACGGAACCCUCUAUGUCCCCAAAGAUGGCACUAUGGACCCUGCUGGUACCUGUACCACCCUGUCCAGAGCAGCCGCUGCUCGCGGAGCCACGGUGAUCGAGAACUGUCCCGUGACGGGGAUCCAGGUGAGGACGGACCACAUGGGGGUGAGAAGAGUGCAGGCUGUGGAAACAGAAUUCGGGACCAUCGAGACCCCCUGUGUGGUGAACUGCGCAGGUGCGUGGGCCACUAACCUGGGGACGAUGGCUGGUGUGAACGUUCCCCUCGUUGCUAUGCAUCACGCCUACGUAGUGACGGAGAGGAUCGAGGGGAUUCAGAACAUGCCAAACGUGCGCGACCACGAUGCCUCGGUCUACCUCCGCCUGCAGGGCGACGCUCUGUCUGUGGGAGGCUACGAGCAGAACCCCAUCUUCUGGGACCAGGUGUCUGAUAAAUUUGCCUUCAGCCUGUUUGACCUGGACUGGGACGUCUUCAUGCAGCACAUAGAGGGAGCGAUUAACCGAGUCCCUGCUCUGGAGCGGACUGGGAUCAAGUCCACCGUCUGUGGACCCGAAUCGUUUACUGCAGAUCACAAGCCGCUGAUGGGCGAGGCUCCUGAAGUCCGAGGAUUUUUCCUGGGAUGUGGCUUCAACAGUGCAGGUAUGAUGCUGGGAGGAGGCUGUGGGAGGGAACUGGCUCACUGGAUCAUUCACGGCCGGCCUGAGAAGGACAUGUACGGAUAUGACAUCAGGAGGUUCCACCAUUCUCUAACCAACAACAACCGCUGGAUCCGAGAGCGCAGUCACGAGUCCUACGCUAAAAACUACUCGGUGGUGUUUCCGUUCGAUGAGCCUCUGGCCAGCCGCAACAUGAGGAAGGACCCCUUUCACCAGGUGCUGCUGGAGCAGGGUUGUGUGUACCAGGAGAGACAUGGCUGGGAGAGACCAGGGUGGUUCAAUAAACAUGGACCUGCACCGGUUUUGGAUUAUGAUUAUUACGGUGCUUAUGACAUUCCGAUCAACAGCGACUACAAAUACAGUGAGCUUCUGGGCAAAGAGUACACCUUUGACUUUCCUCCACAUCAUGACACGAUCAGAGACGAGUGUUUAGCCUGUAGAAAUGCAGUAGCCGUGUUUAACAUGUCCUACUUCGGGAAGUUCUACCUCUCCGGCCCCGACGCCAAGAAAGCGGCUGAUUGGCUGUUUACUGCUGAUGUCAACAAAGCGCCAGGCUCCACUGUGUACACCUGCAUGCUAAAUAAGAAAGGCGGGACUGAGGCGGAUCUCACUGUCAGUCGCCUGGAGCCUGGCCCUGCCCACCGCGCGCUGUCUCCUCAAUUUAAUGGUGGUGAUGCGUAUUACCUGGCUGUUGGAGGUGGUGUCGCUCAACAUAACUGGAGUCACAUCCAGACGGUUAUGCAGGAUCGCGGCUUUAACUGCACUCUGACUGACCACUCUGAGGACAUGGGCAUGAUCAGCAUCCAGGGACCCAGGAGUCGGGAUUUGCUGCAGGAGCUUGUAGAUGUGGAUCUGAGUAACGAGGCCUUUCCUUUCUCCACACACAAAAUAGUGACAGCUGCUGCACACAAGGUACGAGCGAUGCGCCUGUCCUUCGUCGGAGAGCUCGGCUGGGAGUUGCACAUCCCUAAAGACUCCUGCCUGCCGGUGUAUCAGGCCGUCAUGGACGCCGGAGCAAAAUACGGCGUCCGGAACGCGGCCUACAGAGCCAUCGACUCGCUCAGCAUCGAGAAAGGUUACAGACACUGGCAUGCUGACCUGCGCCCUGAUGACACGCCCCUGGAGGCGGGGCUUGCGUUCACCUGUAAAAUGAAGUCGUCCAUUCCAUUUCUGGGACGUCAGGCUCUGGAGGUGCAAAAGGCUGAAGGUCUGCGAAGGAGAAUCGUCUGCUUCACCACUGACGAGAAAGUGCCCAUGUUUGGGUUGGAGGCUAUUUUUCGUAACGGCGUUCCGGUCGGACAUUUGCGGCGCGCUGAGUUUGGAUACGCCAUCAACAAAACCAUCGGCUACGGAUACAUCCGCAAUCCAGACGGAGGGGUGGUGAACGCAGAUUUCAUCCGUAGUGGCGAGUUUACGUUGGAGAGAAUGGGCGUGGUCUAUAAGGCCGACGCCCACCUGAAGUCCCCGUUUGACCCAGACAACAAGAGAGUCAAAGGAAUCUACAGUUAGGAGCGAAAAUCUUCACUGCAGGGCUGAAGGUUCACCAGAAGCAAAGGGACAAUAAUAAAGCUGCUGUUACACAAACGCGCACGCGCACACACACACGCACGCACGCGCGCACACACACACACACACAUUUCUCUGUGCUAUAAGAUUUUAAAAGACUGCUGAAUGGGUUCAGCUCUGCUUAAGUGUGUGCUCGUGUGUGUGUGCGCGUGUGCUCGUGUGUGUGUGUAUAUGUGUGUACACAUAUAUAAAAUAAUAAAAUUGAGACCAUGUGACAGUUUACGUUUAUGUAUUUGCCAACGGUGCACAUCUGACAUCUUCAUCACUGAUGUCUUGUUUUCAUCUGGUAAAUAAAUGUAAAUGGAAUUAAUA